AUGUUGGCUCUCCAUGUGGUAGGCUUCUUCGCAGUUCCCAUCCCCUUGUGGUUGAUGGGUGAAAGAAGCAGUAUGCACGAUGUCUUCUUCACCUUCGAAGACAAUGCGGAUUGGGGAAGUGUAGGAACCGCUUGUUUGGUUGGUCUACUGGGACCGACCAUGACGCUUAUCGAAGGCGAUUCGACUGUGCAUCUGGGCGAAGAGAUUAGGGAUGCGUCGAGGACAUUGCCGUUGUCGAUGGUGUUUACGUCUUUGGUGAACUAUGCUGUUGGCUUCAUCAUGACUGUCACCGUCAUGUAUUCUUAUGUUGCGGUCAUCUAUGCUGCUACUGGAUCAAAGACCGCAACGACGAUUCUGACUGCACUCAUCCUGGUUCUGUUCUUCUGCACGGCCAUCAAUGCAGUCACGGCUUCUUCGCGUCAGCUAUCUGCUUUUGCUCGAGACGGCGGCCUACCAUUCUCGAAUACUUUGGCAAAAGUUGAUGCUAGGACUGGUUUACCCAUCAAUACGCUGCUCGCAACAUUCGGCGUCACCUUCGUCUUGUCGUGGAUUAUUUGCAGGUCAAGCAUCGCUUUCCAGAACAUAACUUCAAUCACCAUUGUUGGGCUUUUGCUGUCAUACGGUACAACCACUGCAACUAUGCUUUAUAGGCGAUGGAGCGGCGUACCGCUUCCUGCAGCUCGUUGGAGAUAUCCACAAGCUUUUGGAUAUCUGGUUAAUGUGUUGGCAUUGUGUUUCGUCACGAUUGCUUUCGUUUUUGCAUACUUUCCGACAGCACGGCAUUCUUCUGCAGAAUCGAUGAAUUGGAGUGUGGUUGUCAGUCUUGCGGUGGUGAGUGUUGCGGCGGUUUAUUACUUCGUUCGUGGGUCGAGUACAUUCGAGAGGCCUGCAGUGAGAAUGAAGAAAGCUGAGGAUGACAGUAUGGUCGCCAUGGAGGAUAUUGUAGUGCACGGAAAGCAAUGA